CGGGGGCAUAGUACACACACCCCUGCCUCAGAAAGGUCGAAAGGAGCCAUGGCUGACCAAUACGAUUCAAGUGGCUGUCCUUAAGCAGGCCUGCCUGUACACCAGCAUGCAAUCUCAAAAUUCAUACUGUUAAAAUACAUCAACAUAAAAACUAUUUGAAAAUCUUGUUUGACGAGGAGUUGCUACAGCAAUGAUUACUUUAUGUCAGUUAUGAACAGAAAACAGGGCCUUAUACCAGACACGUUUAAAGUGAAGAAACAAAGAGUUGGCAAUGAGAAGCAGUUUGGUGCUGUCAACAAUGGAGAAGAGGGACCACUGGACGUCAAAGCCGACCUGCAGGACCAUAUAACAUUAUUCUCACGCAAACUCUUCAAUGACGCCCUUCCACAAAUUAUCCUGAAACACCAACUAUACACAAGUUGGACCCAAGUGGACAUGCAGCUGAGUGACUUGAGGGUAGGGGAGGUGUUGAUGUUCCAGCUGGGCUUUGACGCUGAGGUCUUUGGGUUGGUGUUCGCUGCAGACUACAAGGCUAAAGUCCUGGCCAGGGAGGAGGGGAGAUGGACACUGGGCACAGUGGAGAAGUUCCUGGAGAAAGUGCUGACCUUCUGCAACAACCUGAGAUUCAACAAAGACAAAAUGCUCAAGGAGUUUCUCUUCACAGGCUCAGAGAACGCAACUGGUGAAGUCGUGGGUUCUGACAGGGAUGCUGGUAGCUCUCUAUCCCCAACUGUCAGAUUCACCAAGUACCUAAUACAGGGUCGUAAAGCUGUAGUGGGCAUGGUUAAGACAUCCAAAUAUAACUUAGUCUUAAUCCUGGAGGAGAGACAGACCAACUCACAGAUUCAAUUCCAGAUCAAGUACCACAUCCAUGACAUCAUUGGUGCAGAGCUAGUAGAAUGUAUACCCACAACUUCAGGAACAUUGUUAAGGUGUGUGGACUAAUGAACUCAACUGACUGAAU